UGCCCUUGCUCUUGUUCCAGUUCUCGAUUACCAGCUUGAACCUUCAGCGUCGUGUUAGCGCACACGCUCCGCGGGUGAGCAUGUGGCCACGCACCUCUCUUUGUGGGGCAUGUUGGGAUCUUGCUCCUUCAGACGAGCAACCUCGGUCUGCAUGAACUUGUUGAAUUCCGUGAGCUUCUUCCUACCACCUGCAGCACCUUUUCCUAUGCAACGUCUUAAUUCCAUGUCUUAUGCGAAAGACUACGCUGCACGUACGCUUCUUGACCACCGUGGUCUUUUUGGUUGUGUCGGGCGGCGCAGUCUUGCAACCAUGGUCGCUAUCAGGCUGCAAUGACGUUUGGAUCAGUUCCAGGCUCGACAACCUCACGGGACCGGCUACUGACAACCUCGAAAAUCAGGGGAGGAUAGGAAGAGGCCUUGGAGUGGGCCGAGGGGGUGGUUGCAGGACGAGAGAGGGUGACACAUCGCGUCGAAGCGCAGGGGCCUUAUACGAGCCCAGAAAUUGCGAUGACGGGUUUAGUCCUGUUCAACACGCUUCCUCGCGGUUCCCCGCUGUCCUGCCCCCAGCCACUCCGGCCACGUAAUGGCGGACACCUCUUCUGCUGAUCGAAUGGGCCCCCAUGCUU